CUUUUUUUCCUCAGAAAACCUUCAGCAGAGUAAUUUCAUCUCAUUAACCAUAUAAUUUAUCUCCUGGGUGCCAAGUCAUUUAUCUACUUCCAAACUAAUUACUAGCAAAAGGAAAUGUGAUUGUGAGUUGUAAAGGAAAUGUAUAUUAUUUUGAUACAGUUUGCUUAAACUUGUUUAUUUAACAUAGUUGAGCAUACCCAUUUUAGAAUUUUAAUUUUAUCUAUUCAGUUAAGAGUUAUUUAUUGAACAUCUGUUGUGUACCAUGUAUUAGGGUUGUGGAAAUGAAUAAUAAGGUUAAUGUCUUUGAGUAACACAUGUGCUAGAGAUUUCACAACUAUUUAGUCAUUUGACUGAAUUAAUGUCAGUGAAAACCAGAAUUUUUUCAGUUUAGUUUUUAUUCGUGUCUGAAGUACAUGAUUACAUUCCUUUUGAGGAACUAGUCCAUGUACAUAAUACAUCUUACUUCUUUUUUUUCCAUUACCUUUCCCUCUUCCUCCUCCCUCUCUCUACAUCUGUUGGUCCCCUUCCCAUUUGCGAAAGAUCUAUUUGUCUACUUAUUAUCUGUCUUUUAUCUGGUUCUUUAUGUUUUGGAUUUCUCACCUAAGAGAAUGUAUAUGAUAUUUAACCUUGUAUGUCACUUAACGUUAUGGUGUACAGGUGCUUUAUUUUUCUUUUCCUUUUUUUUUAUUGGUACUGGGGAUUGAACUCACGACUAUGCACUUGCAAGGCAGGUGCUUAUGCUGCUGAGCUAAAUCCCUGGCAGGUGCAUUAUUUUUUUACAACUGGUUGAAAUUUACCCUUCUUUAUGAUAGAGUGUAUAAAUGCCACUUCUGCUUUACCCAUUCAUCUGUGAUGGACACACACAUUUCUGAGAUUUAGCUGUUAUGAAUUGUGCUGUCAUAAAUGUACAUAUACCACUGUGAAAUGAUACCUUUAACUCUUCGAGGAAGAUAUUUAGGAGGGGAAUAGCUGAUUUGAAUGGAACUUCUAUUUUUAGCUCUUUGAGGAAUCACCAUACUGAUUUCCAUAAUGGUUAUAGAGUUGACAUUCCCACCAAUGAUGUAAAAAAGUUCCUUUUUCCCCCACAGCCUCUCCAGCAUUUGUUACUACAGUAUUUGGUUGCUUUCUCUCUUAUUCUUUGGCAGGCUCUAUUUAAUUCAGGCUAUCCUUGAACUCACUGUGUAGUCCAGGCUGGCCUCAAACUUGCAUCAGUCCUCGUGCCUUGGCCUCCUGAGUGGUGGGAUUACAGGCGUGUGCACCACACUUGGCUAGGAUUUGAUUUCUUGAUAAUGACCAUUCUUUCAGGUUAAAGGUGGUGGCUAAGUGGUGUUUUAAUUUUCACCUAAUGACCAGAAAUAUUGAACAUUUUUUUCAUGUAUGGAUUGGCCAUUUGUACUGUACUUCUGUAAAGUAUGUGUUCAUUUCACUUUUCCAUUUUUUGAUUGGGUCCUUAGUUUGUUAGGAGUCUAAUUUUUUUAAUUCUAUGUUUUCGAUACCAGUCCUCUCAGGAAUAAUCAGCAAAACUUUUCCCCUUCUGACCAUUGUCUCUUCAUAGUGUUUAUUUUUUUGCUGUGAAGAAGCUUUGAAAAUUUGAUAUCCCAUUUGUUAAUUCUUGAUGCUAUUUCUUAUGUAAUUGGCAUUGUGUUCAUAAAGUACUUGCCUACACCUGGUGUCAUGGUUUAUGUCUGUGGUCCCCAGGCCUCAUGAGUUUGUAUUGUGCAUUUGUGAUUGGUUCAUUGUCUAGUGCUUGGAUUGAUGGUGUCAGUGCUACACCCACAUAGGGGUGGAGCCAGAAUAUGAUGUAAUGGCAGGAAGGAGGUGUGUCUUUCUCUUUGCCGGUUCCUGCUUGCUAUUUGCAGCUGCCAUGAACUGCAGCCCAGCCAUGCCCGCCUGCCUUGGAGCCAACUGAGUGUGGACUGAAACCUCCAAAAACUGUAAGAAAUAAACCUUUCCUUUCCCAACUUGAGCUUCAGGUAUUUUGUCUCAGCGUUGAGUAAAAAGUAACUAAGACACCUGUCUUCAAGAGUUUUUCUAUUUUUGUCUUUCAGCAGAUUAGAUUGGAUAUGGUGGUGCACACUUACACUCUCAGAGUAUGUCACUUUCAUGUUGCUGGGACAAAAUACCCAAUAUUCAAAACUUGAAGGAGGAGAGGUUUAUUUUGGCUCAAGGUUUUUGUUGAUUCAGUCUGUGGUUGGCUGGCUCCAAGAUAGAAAACGCAUCAGAAGAAUAUAGCACAGGAAAGCUGCUCAACUCCUAAUGGCCUUGAAGCAGCUGCAGAUUAUAACCCAGUUAAUAUCAAAGUAUCCUGCAAGUUUACCUAAUGAUGAGCUUUGUCCAUUGCUGAUGAUACUAUACCAGCUUCUGUCUCAGCAGCGAAGAGGCGAACGCACACCGUAUGUGUUGCAGUGCCUUACAGAAAUUGCACUAUGUCAAGGCAAGAAAACAGACAUAGAAAGCUCUCAAAAGUCAGAUUUGUUGAAACUCUGGAUUAAAAUUUGGUUUGUUACAUUUCGUGGUAUAAAUUCCAUACAAAUACAAACUGAAAACUUUGCUUUGUUUGGAGCCAUUAUUCAAGGUAGCUUACUUGAGAUUGAUAGAGAAUUCUGGAAGUUGUUUACCGGGUCAACCUGCAGACCUUCAAGUCCUGCAGUAUGCUGUUUGACUUUGGCUCUGACCAUCUGUGUAAUUCCAGAAACAUUAAAAACAGAAACAGAGCAAAAUGUAUGUGAAGUAAAUAGAAGUUUUUCUUUAAAAGAAUCAAUAAUGAGAUGGCUUUUAUUCCAUCAGUCAGAGGAUGACAUAGAAGACAAUAAAGAGCUUCCCCCAAUUCUUCAGAGUAAUUUUCCUCAUCUCAUGUUAGAGAAAAUUCUUGUGAGUCUCACUAUGAAAAAUUGUAAAGCUGCAAUGAAGAUUUUCCAGAGUGUGCCAGAAUGUGAAUACCACCAAAAAGAUAAAGAAGAGCUUCCAUUCUCUGAAGUUGAGGAACUGUUUCUUCAGACAACUUUUGACAAGAUGGAUUUUUUAAGCACUGUGAAAGAAUGUACUGUAGAAAAGUAUCAGUCCAGUUUUGGCUUUUCUGUCCACCAGAAUCUCAAGGGCUCAUUGGAUCAUUAUCUUCUGGGAUUAUCAGAACAACUCCUAAGUAAUUCAUCUGAGGUUACAAAUUCAGAAACCCUUGUCCAGUGUUCAGUUCUUUUGGUGGGUGUUCUUGGCUGCUAUUGUUAUGUGAAUAUAAUAACUGAAGAGGAAGCAUAUCAAUCAGAAUUAUUCCAGAAAGCAAAGUCUUUAAUGCAGUGUGCAGGAGAAAGUGUCUCUCUGUUUAAAAAUAAGACAGAUGAAGAAUCUAGAAUUGGGUCAUUGAGAAGUAUGAUGUAUUUGUGUUCAAGGUGCUUGUGUAACUCUACCAAGCAAAAUCCAAACAAGAUUACAUCUGGCUUUUUCCUACGAUUGUUAACAUCAAAGCUGAUGAAUGAUAUUGCAGAUAUUUGUAAAAGUUUAGCAUCCUUUAUCAAAAAGCCGUUUGACUAUGAGAAAGUAAAAGCGGAAGAUGAUCCUAAUGAAAAUCUAAAAGAUGUAAAUGAUUCAUCUUCAAACCUGUUUCAUGAUUGCCCUUCUAGCAGUGCAAGUGAUACAAAUGAUCCUGGAGAGAACCAAAGUACCAUUGGUGCUAUGAAUCCGUUAGCAGAAGAGUAUCUGUCAAAGCAAGAUCUGCUUCUUUUAGACAUGCUCAAGUUUUUGUGUAUGUGUGUAACUACAUCUCAGACUAAGUCUGUGUCAUUUAGAGCUGCUGAUAUUCGAAGAAGAUUAUUAAUGCUAAUUGAUUCACUAGAUUUUAAUAAAUCCCUCCACUUACACAUGUACUUAAUGCUUUUAAAGGAGCUACCUGGAGAGCAGUAUCCUUUGCCAGUAGAAGAUGUUGUUGAACUUCUGAAACCACUAUCCAUUGUGUGUUCUUUGUAUCGCCGUGACCAAGAUGUUUGUAAAACAAUUUUAAAGCAUGUCCUUCAUGUAGUGACAAACCUAGGUCAAGGUAAUAGAGAUUCAGAGCAUGCAAGGGAGGCUCAAGGACAGUUCCUUACAGUGAUUGGGGCAUUUUGGCAUCUAACAAAAGAGAAGAAAUGCACAUUCUCUGUAAGAAUGGCAAUAGUAAAAUGCCUUAAAACUCUACUUGAGGCUGAUCCUUACUCAAAAUGGGCUAUUCUUAAUGUAAAGGGAGAAGGCUAUCCUAUAAAUGAAAUAUUUCCACAAUUUCUUACUGAUGAUAAUCACCAAGUAUGCAUGUUAACUGCAGAAUCAAUUAAUAGAUUGUUCCAGGAUAUGAAACAAGAUUCUUCCAUGUUUCCGAAAGCGCUUCCUUUGAAGCUUCAACAAACAGCUUUUGAAAAUGCACACUUGAAAGCUCAGGAAGGAAUGAAAGGAGUGUUUCAUGAUGCUGAGAAUCCUGAACUUUUGGAUGAGACUUACAAUAGAAAAUCUGUUUUCUUGAUGACCAUAGCUAUUAUUUUACACUGUAGCCCUGUCUGUGAAAAACAAGCAUUAUUUGCCCUAUGCAAGUCUGUGAAAGAGAAUGGAUUAGAUCCACACCUUGUGAAAAAGGUUUUAGAGAAAGUUUCUGAAACUUUUGGCUAUACACGUUUGGAAGACUUCAUGGCUUCUCACUUAGAUUAUCUGGUUUCAGAGUGGCUAAAUCUUCAAGAUACUGCAUACAGUUUAUCUUCUUUUCCUUUUGUUUUACUAAACUACACAAAUGUUGAGGAUUUCUAUAGGUCUUAUUAUAAGGUUUUAAUUCCACAUCUGGUGAUUAGAAGUUAUUUUGAUGAGGUGAAGUCCAUUGCUAAUCAGAUUCAAGAGGAUUGGAAAAGACUUCUAAUAGCCUGCUUCCCAAAGAUUCUUGUAAAUAUUCUUCCUUAUUUUGCAUAUGAGGAUACUGGAGACAGUUGGAUGGCACAGAAAAGAGAGACUGCUACCAAGGUCUACGAUAUGCUUAAAAGUGAAAACCUAUUAGGAAGACAGAUUGAUCAUUUGUUCACUAGUAAUUUACCAGAGAUUGUGGUGGAGUUACUGAUGACAUUACAUGAACCAGGAAAUUCUGAUGCUGGCCAGAGCACUGACCUCUGUAACUUUUCAGGGGAUUUGGAUCCUAUUCCUAAUCCACCUUGUUUUCCAUCACAUGUUAUUAAAGCAACAUUUGCCUAUAUCAGCAAUUGUCAUAAAACCAAGCAUAAAAGCAUUUUAGAUAUUCUUUCCAAAAGCCCUGAUUCCUAUCAGAAAAUUCUUUUAGCCAUUUGUGAGCAAGCAGCUGAGACCAAUAAUGUUUAUAAGAAGCACAGAAUUCUUAAAAUAUAUCAUCUGUUUGUCAGCUUAUUACUAAAGGAUAUAAAAAGUGGCUUGGGAGGAGCUUGGGCCUUUGUUCUUCGAGAUGUUAUUUAUACCUUAAUUCACUAUAUUAACCAAAGGACUUCCCAUCUCAUGGGUGUGUCAUUACGAAGCUUCUCCCUUUGUUGUGACCUGUUAAAUCUGGUUUGCCAGACAGCAGUGAUUCAUUGCAAGGAUGCUUUAGAAAACCAUCUUCAUGUUAUUGUUGGUACACUUAUACCCCUUGUAAACACUCAGGUGGAGGUUCAAAAGCAGGUAUUGGACUUACUGAAAUACUUAGUGAUAGAUAACAAGGAUAAUGAAAACCUCUAUCUCACAAUUAAGCUUUUAGAUCCUUUUCCUGACCAUGUUGUUUUUAAGGAUUUACGAAUUACUCAGCAGAAAAUCAAAUACAGCAGAGGAUCCUUUUCACUCUUGGAGGAAAUUAACCAUUUUCUCUCAGUUAGUGUGUAUGAUGCACUUCCACUGACAAGGCUUGAAGGCUUGAAGGAUCUUCGAAGACAACUGGAACAACAUAAAGAUCAGAUGAUAAAUCUUAUGAGAGCAUCUCAAGAUAACCCACAAGAUGGCAUUGUGUUAAAGCUAGUUGUCAGCUUGUUGCAUUUAUCAAAGAAGGCAAUAAACCACACUGGUGAAAAAGAAGUUUUAGAAGCUGUUGCAAGCUGCUUGGGAGAAGUGGGUCCUAUAGAUUUCUCUACCAUAGCUGUACAACAUAGUAAAGAUACUUCUUAUACCAAGACUGUAGAGUUAUUUGAAGAUAAAGAACUUCAGUGGACCUUAAUAAUGCUGAACUGUCUGAAUAACACAUUAAUAGAAGAUGGUGUCAAAGUUCGAUCAGCUGCUGUUACCUGUUUGAAAAAUAUUUUAGCCACAAAGACUGGACAUAAAUUUUGGGAGAUUUAUAAGAUGACAACUGAUCCCAUGCUGACCUAUCUACAGCCUUUUAGAACAUCAAGAAAAAAGUUUUUAGAAGUUCCCAGACUUGACAAAGAAAGCCCUUUAGAAGACUUGGAUGAUACUAGUCUGUGGAUUCCUCAAAGUGAAAAUCAUGAUAUUUGGAUAAAGACUCUGACUUGUGCUAUUUUGGACAGUAAAGGCACAAAAAGUGAAAUUCUUCAGUUAUUAAAGCCAAUGUGUGAAGUGAAAACUGACUUUUGUCAGACUGUCCUUCCAUACUUGAUUCAUGAUAUUUUACUCCAAGAUGCAAAUGAAUCAUGGAGGAAUCUGCUUUCUACCCAUAUUCAAGGAUUUUUUACUAGCUGUUUCAGACACUUGUCGCAAGCAAGCCGAUCCACAACCCCUGCAAAUCUGGAUUCAGAGUCAGAGCUCUUUUCCCAAUGCUGCUUGGAUAAAAAAUCACAAAGAACAAUGCUUGCUGUUGUAGACUAUAUGAGGAGACAGAAGAGACCUUUGUCAGGAACAGUUUUUGAAGAUGCCUUCUGGCUGGAUUUGAAUUAUCUAGAAGUGGCCAAGGUAGCUCAGUCUUGUGCUGCACACUUUACAGCAUUGCUCUACGCAGAAAUCUAUGCAGAUAAGAAAACCAUAGAUGAUCAAGAGAAAAGAAGUCUUACAUUUGAAGAAGGAAGCCAAAGUACAAGUAUUUCUAGUUUGAGUGAAAAAAGUAAAGAAGAAACGGGAAUAAGUCUGCAGGAUCUUCUCUUAGAAAUCUACAGAAGUAUCGGAGAACCAGAUAGUCUGUAUGGCUGUGGUGGAGGGAAAAUGUUACAGCCUCUUACUAGACUUCGAACAUAUGAACAUGAAGCAAUGUGGGGGAAAGCCUUAGUAACAUAUGACCUUGAGACAGCGAUUUCCUCAUCAACCCGCCAGGCAGGAAUAAUUCAGGCUUUGCAGAAUCUGGGACUCUGUCAUAUUCUGUCCGUCUACUUAAAGGGAUUAGAUCAUGAAAGUAAAGAGCAGUGUGCUGAGCUUCAUUACCAGGCUGCGUGGAGGAAUAUGCAGUGGGACCAGUGCGGUUCUGUCAAUAAAGAAAUAGAAGGAUCCAGUUACCAUGAAUCAUUGUACAAUGCUCUGCACUCUCUAAGAGACAAAGAAUUCUCCACAUUUUUUGAGUGUCUCAGAUAUGCCAGAGUCAAAGAAGUAGAAGAAUUAUGUAAGGGCAGCUUGGAAUCUGUGUAUUCGUUAUACCCGGCACUUAGUAGAUUGCAGGCCAUUGGAGAACUGGAAAACAUUGGGGAGCUUUUCUCCAGGUCAGUCACAGAUACACAGCUCUCUGAAAUGUAUAUUAAGUGGCACAAACACUCCCAGCUUCUCAAGGACAGUGAUUUUAGUUUUCAGGAGCCCAUCAUGGCUCUGCGUACAGUCAUUUUGGAGAUCCUAAUGGAAAAGAAGAUGGAGAGCUCCCAGAUAGAAUGUUUUAAGGACAUUCUUACCAAACACCUUGUAGAAUUCUCUAUUCUGGCACGAACUUUCAACAACACUCAGCUCCCUGAAAGAGCAAUGUUUCAAAUUAAACAGUAUAAUUCAGCUGUUUGUGGAGUCUCUGAAUGGCAGCUGGAAGAAGCCCAAGUAUUCUGGGCCAAAAAAGAACAGAGUCUUGCCCUGAGUAUUCUCAAACAAAUGAUCAAGAAGUUGGAUGCCUGUACACAGAGUAAUUCAAACCUUAAACUUAUAUACACAGAAUGUCUGAGGAUUUGUGGCACCUGGUUAGCAGAAACAUGCUUGGAAAAUCCUGCAGUCAUCAUGCAGACCUAUUUAGAAAAGGCAGUGCAGAUUGCUCGAAGUUAUGAUGGAGAAAGCAAUGAUGAGCUCAGAAAUGGAAAAAUGAGAGCUUUUCUUUCAUUAGCAAGGUUCUCUGAUACUCAGUACCAGAGAAUUGAAAACUACAUGAAAUCAUCAGAAUUUGAAAACAAGCAAGCUCUCUUGAAACGGGCCAAAGAGGAAGUCGGCCUCCUAAGGGAACAUAAAAUUCAGACCAACAGAUACACGGUAAAGGUUCAGAGAGAGCUGGAGCUCGAUGAGUGUGCCCUCCGUGCAUUGAGAGAGGAUCGUGAACGCUUCCUAUGUAAAGCAGUUGAAAAUUACAUUAACUGUUUAUUAAGUGGAGAAGAGCAUGAUAUGUGGGUGUUUCGACUUUGUUCCCUAUGGCUUGAAAAUUCUGGAGUUUUUGAAGUUAAUGCCAUGAUGAAGGCAAACGGAAUGAAGAUUUCGUCAUACAAGUUUUUACCUCUUAUGUACCAACUAGCUGCUCGAAUGGGGACUAAAACGAUGGGAGAUGAAGGAUUUCAUGAAGUACUCAAUAAUCUCAUCUCUAGAAUUACAAUGGAUCACCCCCAUCAUGCUUUAUUUAUUAUAUUGGCUUUAGCAAAUGCAAACAAAGAUGAAUUUUUAACCAAACCAGAGGCAGCAAGAAGGAGUAGAAUAACUAAAAAUGUGCCAAAACAGAACUCUCAGCUUGAUGAGGAUCGAACAGAAGCUGCAAACAGAAUAAUACAUACCAUCAGAAGUAAGAGACCUCAGAUGGUCAAGAAUGUGGAGGCACUUUGUGAUGCUUAUAUUAUAUUAGCAAACUUAGAUGCCAGUCAGUGGAAGACGCAGAGAAAAGGCAUCAACAUUCCAGCAGAUCAACCAAUUAAUAAACUUAAGAAUUUAGAAGAUGUUGUUGUUCCUACUAUGGAAAUUAAGGUGGAUCCCACAGGUGAAUAUGGAAAUCUGGUGACAAUCCAGUCAUUUAAAACAGAAUUUCGUUUAGCAGGAGGCUUAAAUUUACCAAAAAUAAUAGAUUGCUUAGGUUCUGAUGGCAAGGAAAGGAGACAGCUUGUCAAGGGCCGUGAUGACUUGAGACAGGAUGCUGUCAUGCAGCAGGUGUUCCAGAUGUGUAAUACACUACUGCAGAGAAAUACGGAAACUAGGAAGAGGAAAUUGACUAUCUGCACAUACAAGGUGGUCCCUCUCUCUCAGCGAAGUGGUGUUCUUGAGUGGUGCACAGGAACUGUCCCUAUUGGUGAAUUUCUGGUUAACAAUGAAGAUGGUGCUCAUAAAAGAUAUAGGCCAAUGGAUUUCAGUGCCUUUCAAUGCCAAAAGAAAAUGAUGGAAGUACAGAAGAAGUCCUUUGAAGAGAAAUAUGAAACGUUCAUGGAUAUUUGCCAAAAUUUUCAACCAGUUUUCCGUUACUUCUGCAUGGAAAAAUUCCUGGACCCUGCUGUUUGGUUCGAGAAACGGUUGGCUUAUACUCGUAGCGUGGCCACGUCUUCUAUUGUUGGUUACAUCCUUGGCCUUGGUGAUAGGCAUGUACAGAACAUCUUGAUAAAUGAACAGUCAGCAGAACUUGUCCAUAUAGAUUUAGGGGUUGCUUUUGAACAGGGUAAAAUCCUUCCCACUCCUGAAACAGUUCCUUUUAGACUCACCAGAGAUAUUGUGGAUGGCAUGGGCAUCACUGGUGUUGAAGGUGUCUUCAGAAGAUGCUGUGAGAAAACCAUGGAAGUUAUGAGAAAUUCUCAAGAAACUCUGUUAACCAUUGUAGAGGUGCUCUUGUAUGACCCUCUCUUUGACUGGACCAUGAAUCCUUUGAAAGCUUUGUAUUUACAGCAGAGGCCUGAAGAUGAAAAUGAGUUGCACUCGACUCCUAAUGCAGAUGACCAGCAAUGCAAACGAAAUCUCAGUGAUACUGACCAGAGUUUCAACAAAGUAGCUGAACGUGUCUUGAUGAGAUUGCAAGAAAAACUGAAAGGAGUGGAGGAAGGCACCGUGCUCAGUGUGGGUGGACAAGUGAAUCUGCUCAUCCAGCAGGCCAUGGACCCCAAAAAUCUCAGCCGGCUCUUCCCAGGGUGGAAGCCUUGGGUGUGAACGUCAGCAUAUGAAUCACUCUUGAAUUCAGCAUUCAGAAAUACAUCUCGAUUUCAGCCUUCAUUUUUAACCCAGUCACAAACUAGGGAUUAAAAUCUAAGUGAAUAACUGUAUUUUU